AUGAGCAAAGUUUCGGUGGCUCAAAGAGGGGAUGAGAACACGAAGUUCUUUCAUGUGUUGGCUAAUGGCCGCAGGAAUAGGAAUUUUAUUCCUAAUGUUUCUCUUAAUGGCAGCAUCCGCUCUGAUCCUAAAGAGAUUGGCAAAGUUUUCGCUGAUAAGUUUCAGCAGCUUUUUGGGAAAAAACGUGACUUUCGUGUUAAAGUUGAUUUUCAGAAGCUAUUAGCUAACAAGACACCGGUGGACUUAUCCCAAUUGGAUCGCCCCUUCUCUUUCGAGGAGGUUAAAAGUGCCGUCUUUGAGCUUGGUAGGGAUAAGAUGCCAGGGCUGGAUGCAAAUCUUGAGAGGAUUAAUUGGGCCAGUAUUGCUCUCAUUCCUAAGGCUGGAGGUCCGGAGGGCCCUGAGGACUACUAUCCUAUCAGUCUUAUUAAAUCAACUGUGAAGAUCAUCUCCAAAUUGCUUGCGAUCAGACUGAGUAAGGUGAUGUGCCUGCUUGUGGAUAGUGUCCAGUCAGUUUUCAUUAAAGGAAGAUGUAUCCUGGACAAUAUUGCUAUGGCUGAAGAGCUGAUUUUUAGCAUCCACAAGCACCGGCUGCCUGGACAUAUCUUGAAAGUGGACUUUGCGAAGGCUUUUGACACGGUGGACUAG